GCCGCUCGCCGCCGCGGAGGGGCGGCGCUGCCUCCCCGCACUCCCCCACCCGGCGCCCCCGCUUCGUCUCUGGCAAGGGCGCGGGGACCCCCACGCUCCCCCCUCGGCGCGGCGGCGGAGUUGGAGCCCGCGGCGGCGGCUGGGGCUGGGGUGCGAUGCCGUGUUAGCCGGCGGCCCGCCCCGAGGUAGCGCCGGCGGGAAGGAUCGCGAGUUGCCGGGGCUGUGGCUGGCACCAUGGGCACCGGGCGGGGGGGCGAGGCGGCCGGGCUCCCUGCGCUCCUCGGCUAAGCCCGGGGAUGUGCCGGCGCCCGGUGGAAUUAUUUUGGAACUAGCGCGGAGCGGUGGGAGGAGGGCGAGCGGCACAGCGUUUCACCAGCUGCGAGGAGGUCGUCCGGCGGUGCUGUAUAGGCAAACAAAUAUCACUUGCUGUGUCAUAGCACAUGGAUUUCAGGACCACCUGUGAAGAGACAAAGACAGGGGUUUGUUUGCUGCAGGAUGGUAACCAGGAGCCUUUCAAAGUGCGACUGCACUUAGCCAAAGAUAUCUUGAUGAUCCAGGAGCAGGAUGUGAUCUGUGUGUCUGGUGAGCCUUUCUAUUCUGGUGAAAGAACAGUAACUAUCAGAAGACAAACUGUAGGAGGAUUUGGAUUAAGUAUAAAGGGUGGAGCUGAACAUAAUAUUCCAGUGGUCAUUUCUAAGAUUUCCAAAGAACAAAGAGCUGAACUUUCAGGUUUACUCUUUAUAGGAGAUGCAAUUCUACAGAUUAAUGGAAUUAAUGUGAGAAAAUGCAGGCAUGAAGAAGUGUUUGUUCGGUGGAGAAGGAAGAGGAAAGGAGAAUGGACUCUAUGUAAUUUUUCAAUAGUAUCCAGUGUUGGCCUGUUCCAGCCAGAUACAUGGAGGUUUCCAGAUGGCCCAUCCCAUACUUCUCAACCAGUAGUAUGGUACAGUAUGGUUCAAGUCCUUCGCAACGCAGGGGAAGAAGUGACCCUAACUGUGUCCUUUCUGAAAAGAGCACCUGCUUUUCUCAAACUGCCGCUGAAUGAAGAUUGUGCAUGUGCCCCCAGUGAUCAAAGCAGUGGCACGUCCUCUCCCCUUUGUGACAGUGGUUUGCAUCUCAACUACCACCCCAACAACACGGAUACAUUAUCAUGUUCCUCAUGGCCAGCAUCCCCAGGACUUAGGUGGGAAAAAAGGUGGUGUGAUCUCCGAUUAAUUCCACUUCUUCAUUCACGAUUUUCCCAGUACCUUCCGGGAUCAGAUUUGUGCAGGCAAAAUGCGUUCCAAGUAAUUGCUGUGGAUGGGGUUUGCAGUGGAAUAAUUCAGUGUCUCUCUGCUGAAGACUGUAUUGACUGGCUACAAGCAAUAGCAAGUAACAUUUCGAACCUCACAAAGCACAAUAUUAAAAAAAUCAACAGGAAUUUUCCCGUAAACCAGCAGAUAGUCUACAUGGGUUGGACAGAGGAACGGGAACAGGACUCCCUUCAGGAUCGAAUGUACACACCAAAGUUUCUAGCACUGAGAGGAUCUUCCCUCUAUAAAUUUAUAGCACCACCAGUCACAACCUGGGAUUGGACACGAGCUGAGAAAACAUUUUCAGUUUAUGAGAUAAUGUGCAAAAUUCUCAAGGACAGUGAUCUACUGGACCGGCGGAAACAUUGCUUCAGUGUCCAGUCUGAAUCUGGAGAAGAUCUUUACUUUUCUGUGGAGCUAGAGUCUGACCUAACACUAUGGGAAAAAGCCUUCCAAACAGCAACUUUUUUAGAAGUUGAACGGAUACAGUGCAAGACAUAUGCGUGUGUUUUGGAGAGUCAUCUUAUGGGACUUACCAUUGACUUUAGCAUGGGCUUUGUUUGUUUUGAUGCUGCCACAAAGGCUGUGCUUUGGAGGUACAAGUUUUCCCAGCUCAAAGGUUCUUCAGAUGAUGGGAAGAGCAAAAUCAAGUUUUUGUUCCAAAACCAAGAUACUAAACAAAUUGAAGCAAAGGAGCUGGAGUUUUCCAACCUGUUUGCAGUCCUUCACUGUAUCCACUCAUUCUUUGCAGCCAAAGUGGCUUGUUUGGACCCUUUGUUUGUAGGCAGCCAAGCCACAGCUUCUGCUCUUCCCACAACUUCUGGUACUGGCAAAUUAAAGUAUACUACUUGACAUCUCAUAUGACAGCACUGCCACUUAACAAGGAGAGAUAACAAUGUAUAAAUAUUCAUAAGAUUUAGACCUUUGGUGAACCAUGUACGUGGAAACCAAUCCUGGAGGCAAGACAUCUUGCAGCAUCAGCAGAUAAAUGGUCACGUGGGAUCAUAAUUUCAUCUCGGUUCUGCAAGACAUCAGUAAAUAAUACUAGUCAAAACCCCAGAAUAGGAUGGAUAUGCUUUUAGUAUUAUCUAUUUGUACUUACAUAGUGCUUUAAACAACACUGGAAGCAAAGGAAUAAAUGAUGAAAUGAAGCACUUGAGUAUUUAAUAAAAUUUUCAAAUUGCUGUAAUAAUACACAAAAAGAAUUGUCAUUUUCCUGUUUUCAGAUGUUUUUUAUGACAAUAUACUAAACUCUGAGUAUGAACAUAAUGCCCUAUCAUUAUAUUAUAAAUGAGAGCAAGCAGCAAGCAUAUAAUACAUGGUGACAAGGAGAUAAGCAUGAAAAGUCAUUUGUGUAAGUAUCUCCUCAAAUAAGAAAGCACUUUAAGCACUGCUGUAAAUCCAUACUUGUGUCCAUACAUGGGGUCAGGCUACUUUUUCCAUUAUGUUCUCUUAGUCUAACAGUAACAACAACAAAGACAUAGCCAUACUGGAGUGAAAAAUUAAAACAAAACCAAAAAAAACAAGCCACAAAAAGCAACACAGUUUUCCAUGGGUAAGACCUUCUUCUUCAAGUAAAAAUAAUGGCAUAUGAAUUUAAUUUUAAUGACAAAUUAAGUGCAAGUACAAGAAAUAUCACUAGCUAUUCACUUCCUCCUUUUUUUGGUAAAGAAUACUGCAAAUCUAACAGUCAUUGUUCACAAGAUUUUGAAUUUGUUUCAGAGACAACCCACUUCAUAUGUUGUUUCCAUGGUUAACCUUGAUUUCACAUCACAAGUAGGAUAUCUGCUCCACUCAAGCUCUCAAGAAAUAGACAUUUUACAUUAUUGUUGAAAAAAUAGUUCACUCUUUGAAUUCUUAAUAGUUUAUAUUUUAUAGAUCUAUAUUGCUAGUAAAAAAAUGGAAUAAUUUAAAUAAGCUGUAAUGAAUAGAUUACAACAUGGAUAAUUUCUUUGUCUUUUAAGGCCAUUACAUCACUCUGGACCAUGUGGUAGUUUGGGAGUAUCAUUUAAAGCUGAAA